CAAAUAAUGGAUAAUAGAAUUCAAGCAAAACUUAAGCAGGGAUGAAGGAGUGGAAAAGUAUAUAACAGAAAUAGAUAUAUGGGCAGCCCAAAUAUUUUCCCCAAACCACCUGUUCAUAUAUGCUACUAUUUCUUUCUUAAGUUGCCAAAUGCCAACAAAUAUAAAAUGCAAACGAAAAUCCGAAUCUUAAAUAAUUAUUAAUUUCCUCAUAUAAACCUAAUUUAUAGGAACAAUAUAAAUGCUUCGAAAUAUAGGAAAUAAACCAAACCGGCAGUGAGACCAAAGUAAUAGUACGUCGUCGUUUAAUCCGUGUAGUUUAAUCCUUCCGGUGAGAGAAGACUUUGUAUGCCUGCGAUCGUUAUAGAUGAGGAGGUGAUUGACCGCUAACAUAUCUAACAUUAUUAUUGUCUUUUGUGAUUUUAUUCCUUUUGCAAUUGGAACACUUGCCACCUACUCCUUUUAAAGUUCCUCGACUCAGCAUGCACUCAUCCCACAAGCACUCGGUGAGGAAGUAUUCGAGUUUCUGGAAUUUUAGUGAACAUGGAGAAAAAUAACAACAUAACCUGCAAAAUCUGCAAUAAGUGUUUCUCCACCGGAAAAGCCAUAGGGGGCCACAUGAGAUCUCACUUGGUCAAAUUGCCAAUACCUCCCAAGCCUGACCCAGAGAAUCAAGCACUUGACAACUCUAACAAGUUAACCAACCAUGCAAUUCAAGCUCCUUCCUCAAUGAAUUUCCAUCCCGAAAAGAAACCUGCACAAAAUCUUCAAUCUCCGAAACACAGCUUCUUAGCCUUUUUUUCAAAAGUAAACAUAGAAAAUAGAUUUCUGCCAUACCCUAAAAACCCAACCCGUAAAAGAUCCAAAUGUCGCCGACAAAUUAUUAAAGCAGUUGAGAAAAGAUCUGAGCCAAAACAAGAGAGUUCAACAUCUGAAACCCCUCGUGCAAAAGAAGCAGCUAGGUCCUUGAUAUUGCUUUCCAAAGAUAAUUGGCCAGCAAGCAAAGAGAUCAAGACGCAAGAGAUGGAGGGAGCCAACCAAAUGUUUACAAAAGAUAAUGAAAAUGGCAAAGAUGCCUUACUUGUUCAGACUCCCACUCAAGUUACGUUCAGGUGUUUAGAUAAAAAAACAGUCGAAUGCCCAUCGUGCUCCAAGAUGUUCAAAUCUAAACAAGCACUCGGCGGGCACAAAAAGGUACACUUAAACAACCCUAAGGUUGCUAAUGCUCACAAUAAAUUUGUGGACAAGUCGCUAGACCUUAAUUUUCCAGCUUUUAGAGAUGAUGAAGAUGUUGGCCAAAUCAAUUUUCCAACCAUGGGCAAUGGAAAAUAAUUAUCUAACCUUCAUGACUAAGCAAAUGAGAAAAAAAAUUACAAAGUUAGUUUG